GCUGAUGUAGGUGUGGGACAGGUAAAACAGGUACGGGAGUGUGUGAAGGUGUGUCUCCUGUCGAUGUACAAUUCUUCCCGAUUUUAUACAGGAGGCACCUAUAAAAGGCCAAAACUGACCGCGCUGAUCUUUUUCUAAAGAGGACCUCAGGAUGAAGAACGAGGGAGAGGGGUCAGAACGGCCUGACAACACGGCAUUCACGCAGCAACGGCUCCCGGCAUGGCAGCCAAUACUCUCCGCUGGCAUCGUUAUUCCUGGCUUUCUAAUCAUUGGUUUGGCUUUCAUAGGCAUCGGAAUUGGCCUCUUUCUGACCUCACAAACCAUCCAAGUGCUGGAGAUGGAUUACACAGGCGUCGAGAAGGAUUCACCCUGUUUCCGCUGUACGAUCCAAAGUUCCCAAAACUGCACCUGUGAUGUCACGUUCUCCCUCAGCACAUUGUUUACGGGCCCUGUCUUCUUUUACUAUGGCCUGUCUAAUUACUUCCAGAACUUCAGAAAAUAUGGUGUGUCAAAAGACUAUUAUCAGCUCACUGGCGAUACAAAAUAUUUCAAGAGUCCACAAGAUGUUUGCGCUCCAUAUGCGUAUGACUCCAAAAGUAACCCCAUUGUCCCAUGCGGAGCUAUAGCGAAUAGCAUGUUCAAUGACACAUUUGAGCUCUACCAAAUAAUCAAUGGUACAAAGAAGCAGGUACCGUUAGAUGGUAAAGGAAUCUCCUGGUGGACUGAUUACAACAUAAAGUACAGGAACCCUUCGCCUGUGAAUGGCUCUUUUGCAAAUGCUUUCGAAGGUACAGUGAAGCCCAUAAACUGGCCUAAGGCAGCUUAUGAGCUGGACCUCACAGACCCAUACAACAAUGGCUUUCUGAAUCAGGACUUUCUAGUGUGGAUGAGGAGAUCAGCGCUUCCUCAGUUCAGGAAGCUGUACCGGCGAAUCACAGAGGGUGAUUAUUCUGCGGGGCUCCCUGCUGGAAACUACUCUCUUACAGUCCAUUACAACUACCCAGUACUGAGUUUUGAUGGACGUAAGAAGGUGGUCUUCAGCAACGUGUCUUGGAUGGGAGGGAAGAACGACUUCUUGGGCAUUGCUUAUUUAGUAGUUGGCUCCUUGUGUGUGGUCAUGUCAGUGGUUAUGCUAAUUGUUUAUGCCAAAUUCAAAUUCUCAGAUGAUGAUGCAUGAUGACACAAGGCGGCUGUGCUUAUAAAGUGCACCUCGUACAUUCAUCAAAAAAAAAAUUACAGAAAUAAGGGUCUCAGUAAGAUGGAGCCAAAUGUUGUUGUUUUUUUUAGACAAAAACAUCAUGGUCUAGAUUAUCAUUUUGCAUUCACAUGCUAGAAGGUUCUAACUUCAGGUCAUUUAUUUAUUUUUAAUCAGGAGUUUUUUGUUUACUGAAGGAGCUUUAACAGGGCGUGCUUUAGAGUUAAGGAAAAACUAUUAAACCAUUAGGCUAAUAUUCUAAGAGGUUGCUCAAAUGUCUUAGAAUCAGAUCAAUUCAGGGAAUGUUACAGGUUUCUUUUUGUCUACUUUAACUGUCUCAGGUAUGAUGAAUUAGCAGUUUCAUUUAGUUUCUGGACAAUACAGAUAAAGCUCAUAAUGUUUUUUACAUUUGUUUAAAACUUGGAUUUCUUGACUGUUCAAGAAAUGUUUAAAAGAUAUAUGGACAGAGACAGUCUCAGGUGCCAUAUCUACCUGUCAAAUUCAUAGCUUGGUUAAAGCUUUGUGUAUGUUUAGUUUAAUAUAUUGAGAUUUAAAAUGUAUUUCUGCUUGUAUAUUUUAUGUAAUAAACGUAAAAUGCUGUUUUAUAAUAC